UUUCUCGCAGUAGGAUUGGUGAUAUCUCCACCCGGAAGUUUAAUUUAGAAAUAUUGGACGGAGCGUUUUCUUUUCCUUUUAAUGCGUGAUGAUUGAUCAGGCAGUGUGAUGGAGUCCGAGCGUACUUCGGCUUAUGGCAAUAACACAAAUGUAGAUUUUACUCAAAGCACUGACGAUGACCCUCUUGAUGGACCACUUAUAUCCCAAGAUGUACUCGAGUCAGUGAUCAAGAGAGAGUUUCAGAAAUUACCCACUCACUGGGCAGUGGGUGUACUCUCUUUUUUACAUGUGGUUUAUGUGGUGCUUUGUAUUUUAAUCACAGUAUUUUGCUGGAUAUCUGAUGAGCACACUCCCGAGUGCACUGCAGCAUUGCAUGGCAUCGACUCCAAGACUGUGGUGUUACUGGGGAAAGUUUCACUCUGGGUGAUGGUCUUUAUAUAUGAUAGAUUUGUUCAGCGUCAACACAGUGCUGUGAGACGGAGAGGUUAUCUGGACUUCUACAGACUGACCCGAGGAAUUAAAAACCUUCCUCUGCUAAUUCAUUCUGCAGGUAAUGCAGCGAUCCUGACUGUAGUUGCUCCAUCAUCUAUGCUGGAUGCAAGUGUGAAGAAUCUGUCUGUAUAUCUUCUGUUGGCCAUCAUCUGUCUGGAGCUACUGCUGUCAGUUAUAUGCUUGCUUCGAUAUACAGUGCAUGUGGUGAAGUUUAAUAGCAAGAAGCCACAUCCUGAUGUGACUGAAGAGGCGCGCUCUCAUGGCUGCUCCAGCGGAUCACAUGCAGAGACAGGCUUCAGGGACGGCUCCAGUUUGGAGGAUGUGGUGGAAAAGCAGGCAGACCUGAUUGAUUAUCUCAAACAGCACAACAGCGUCUUGAGCAGGAGGAUCCUCACGCUGACCGGCCAGCAGAUCAGAGCCUGACACAUGCAGACAGAGAGAGUGACUCAUGAUGGGCUCUGAAGCCUUGCGUGCGAGCGUGUGUGUGUGAGAGAGAGAGUGUCUAUCUUGACUGGCAUCGGCAGCCAUGGCUCACUGAUCAGAAGGCUUUUGGUGGGAAAUGAAGCCUGGUAACCUCUCUAACAGCGCUUUCACAUUUCCAUGACAAGUCUGGGUAGACAAUGGCUGCAAUUAGGAAGUCAAAAACCUCUGCUGCAGAAAUGUUCGGGUUAAGAUGCUUACUAUGUGUUUAUGGGAUAGCGAGAUGUAAUCAAACUAAAAGGUUUAUCAUGUAACUUGUGGCUUUCCUUGUUUGUGCCUGUGAGAGCAUGGAUAAGUGGGUACAGCGAUAGUUAAUCAUACUUGAUUUGGUUUCUUUAGUGUGUCAUUGGUGUUUGUGUGUAAGGAAUGUGUCAGAUGGAUGUUUCUUGUGGUAUGUAUGUGUUGGAGCCAUUCUCAAAACAUGGCCAUUUUAGUACUAAUGCUUUAUGUCACAGAUGUUAUGACCUACUGUCUUUUUAUGUAAAGUAAUGUGAAUAAAAUGAUUGAAACUA